AUGGGGAACAGAACAACCAUCCAGGAAUUCACCCUGGAGGGCUUCCCUGCUAUCCAGCACCUGGGGAAGGUGCUCUUCUCCGUGCACUUGCUGGCCUACCUGGUUACCAUCACAGGAAAUGUAGUCAUUGUGACCAUCACCUGCGCCGAUGCCCGGCUGCAGACACCGAUGUACUUCUUCCUUUGCGUUUUCUCUCUCAUUGAGUGUUGCUUCACCAGCACUGUUAUUCCCAAGUUGCUGGUUAUUUUUCUUCUGGGAAGGCAAACUAUUUCUUUUGCUGCCUGUUUCAUACAAAUAUUUUUCUUUUUAUUUGUGGGAUCAUCUGGUUUCUUCAUCAUCGCUGUGAUGUCCCUGGACCGGUACAUGGCCAUCUGCAAGCCUCUGCACUAUUCCAGAAUCAUGAACCCCAGGACCUGCCUCCUGCUGGUCACAGCCUGCUUUGCUACCAGCCUCAUACUUGUCACUGGUCUACUGGUGAAGAUUUACCAUUUGUCCUUCUGUGGUCCCCACGUCAUCCCUCACUUCUUCUGUGACCUCAACUCUCUGAUCCAUCUCUCCUGUUCUGACACCAGAUCUGCCAAAAUGAUGGCCUUUGCUUGUUCUUCAGUUGUCCUCUUUACAUCCCUCACUAUGACUGCCAUGGCCUACAGCAACAUAGUGGCCACCAUCGUCCGUCUCCCCUCAGCCACGGAGAGGCACAGAGCUUUCUCCACCUGUUCCUCUCACCUCAUGGUCCUCUCCCUGAUGUACAGCAGCUGUAUCUUUAUCUACAUGAAGCCAAAGCAAAUGAGCAGGCUGGACUCCAACAGAGAGGCCGCCCUAGUGAACACAGUGGUGACACCUCUGCUGAACCCUGUCAUCUACUCCCUGCGCAACAAGCAGGUCUACCAGGCUCUCCAGGAGGCUCUGUGCAGAAGGGGGAUGCUGAGGUAA